AUGAAUAACGGGGCUAGUGCUCAGAGUCUGUAUACAGAUGUCCGAGUUGAAGUUGCUAGAAUAUAUGAAUAUAGUAGUAUGAAGCUCAUAUAUUGCUGGAAAGGGAAUUCAGUUAAGACUUAUGAAGCUAUUCAUUAUCAUCGCUUGAAAAUAAUUGUAAGAGCUAUUGAGAAUGUUAAAGACAGGAUCCUGAAAGAAAAAAAAAGUGCUGCUUUAGAGGGUGAAGAAGAGAAGAACAUCACAAUUUGGGAUACCUACCAAAAUGCUUUAAACACUGAGAAUGAAGUGAUUGUAGGAAUCAACAGUGAUAUAGAGAAGAUAGUUAACCGGCUCUGUUAUUCAUACUUCAUGGGAUCAGUUUUAACCAUUUUAAAGAAUAGUAACAUUGACAUGUUUCGGAAAUAUGAGCUGAAACUACAAGUUAUGCCACUCGUUGGGGAAGGAGGCAUUGGAAAAACUACAUUAGCCAAAAGAGUCUAUGAACAUCCAAUUACUAUUGCUAGCUUUCACAUUCGAGCACAUGUAGUUGUGUCUAAAGUUCAUAACGUCAAAGAGAUGCUCAUUGGUCUAUUACAUUGUAUUUCACCAAUCACUAGUGAAAUCUACAACAUAGAUGAGGCUCAGAUAGCUAAGCAACUAAGCACAAGUUUGAUGGGCCAGAAGUAUUUAAUUUUCUUGGAUGAUAUAUGGACCACUGCUGCAUGGGAUGCCAUCCAAGGAUAUCUUCCAGAGAAUUUUAAUGGAAGCCGAAUCUUAGUAACUACUCGGUUCAAAGAGGUGUCUGAAUACUUAAGUACGAAUCCCUACCAAGUGAAGUAUCAAACUUUGCAGGAUCUUGGGAAAUUAUUUUCAAGGAAAGUGUUUGGGCAAAGCCAAUGUGUUCCCCGUGAAUAUGAGCGAAUUGUGAAACACAUUGUUUUUGGUUGUGGUGGAUUACCCCUCGUAGUUGUUUUAAUUUCCGGACUUUUGGCGACAAAAAAAGGGUCUCUAAAAAUAUGGAGAGAUGUUGCCCAAACUUUGGAUGGAGUUGGUAGAUAUGAUAAUAACAAAAGAAUUUCAAAAAUAGUUUCAUUAAUCUACAAGUACUUACCAAGUCAUUUGAAGUCUUGCUUUCACUAUUUUGGUGUGUUUCCAGAAGACAGUGACAUUCCUGUUAAGAAAUUAAUCAACUUAUGGGUUGCAGAGGGAUUUAUAAAGCCACAUAACAAUAUGAGUUUGGAAGAAGUGGGAGAGAGCUACUUGCAUGAUCUCAUUAAUAGAAGUGUAGUUCAAACUAAUGAGCUAAGUAUUGACGGCAAAGUUAAAUCAUGUAACAUUCAAGAUCGAGUGCACGAGGUUUGUGUGAGAGAAGCAAUUGAUGGGAAUACAUUGUGCAUUAUCAAUGAUAACCAUGCUCCAAAGGCUAGUCAUUGGUUAAGCUGUCAAACAAGUCAUUGGCCGAUCACUCAAGCGAGUUAUGGGAAUUGCAUGCCAGAUAAAAUCCAUUCUAUUCUCUGUUUUGGUAAAGAUGUAUACCAUUCAAAAUGCAGGUUGGUAUACCCUUGUGUGAAAUUGCUAAGAGUAUUGGAUUUAUCAUUAGUUAAAUGGUCAAGAGGCAUGCCUAGCGAAAUAACAGACUUGGUUCAUUUGAGAUACUUGGCUUUAAGUACCAUUAGUUCUCUUUACGAGUUUCAAUUUUUCAAGCUUAAGAAUUUGGUAACUCUCAUAGUUGCUUCGUGGAUGGAAAAAUGUCCUUUGCAACUGCCAUGUGGUAUUUUGGAUUUGCCACAAUUGAGUCAUUUGCAUGUUGACAAGAGAUGUUCACAGUAUCUCCCUUGCUUUGUCAAAAAAGAUCUACAAACUCUUUAUUGGUUGAAAGUUGCUAGCUCCGACGAAAACCCAAACUUCGGAAUGGUUCCAAACCUAAGGGAACUUGGGAUUUUCAUUGAAGGCCAACUUGUGUCUAACUAUCUUGGGAGCCUUGUGCAUUUGCAUCUACUUGAGAAGUUGAAGUUUGAAGUAGGAAGAGUUGAGCGCUUUUAUCUACCAACAGGUUUUCCACCAAACCUUAAGAAGUUGACACUUCGGUAUACUUAUCUUCCAUGGAAGGAGAUGGACACAAUUGGCAAGUUGCCUCACCUUGAGAUCUCAAACAUUGGAAUGCAAGUUAUAAAAGUUUCCCAGUUUUGGAGCGCCUUGCCUUAA